AGUAGGUGGAGUCCAUUCCUUCCUUUCUGAAAAGGAAAAGAGAGAGAGAGGAAAAAAGAUAAUGAAGCAAGAGGAAGCAAGAAAGGGGCCUUGGACUGAACAUGAAGAUGUUCAGCUGAUUUUCUAUGUGAAGAUGUUUGGAGAUCGCAGAUGGGACUUCAUAGCUAAUGUAUCAGGUUUGAAGGUGGCGGGAGACAUGAAAACGUAAUAGGUAUAGGCUUAUUUGAACAUGGAAUUAUGUUUCCAUGGAGGUCUAUUACUUUAACAUGGUGACUGAUCACUCUCUGGUAGGUCUUAAAAGGACUGGAAAGAGUUGCAGGUUGCGUUGGGUUAAUUACCUGCACCCUGGCCUCAAGCGAGGCAAGAUGACUCCUCAAGAAGAGCUUCUUGUUCUUGAACUUCAGUCCAAAUGGGGAAAUAGGUGGUCUAGAAUUGCAGGGAAACUACCAGGGCGUACUGACAACGAGAUCAAGAACUACUGGAGGACCCAUAUGAGGAAGAUGGCUCAAGAAAGGAAGCAUGCUUUGUCUCCUUCAUCCUCAACCUCAAACUCGCCAUCUAAUUCAUCCUCAAUCAGUUCUGUGACUAAUGGGGAUCAGAGAAGCGAGAGAAGCUUCUAUGAUACAGGAGAGAUUGAUCAUGGCGUUGUGGUAAUUCCUCCAAAGGCCCCAACUAAGGAAACAGAGGAGAUGAAAGAGAACUCUAUGGAGGAGAUAUGGCGAGAUAUAGAUUCAUCUGAAAACGGAAACAUAAGUGCGCUUUGUGAUGGUUAUGGGGAACAAGGCAGACACAGCUUCUCUAGUCUAACUAUGGUGCCAUCACCUAUAUGGGACUAUUAUCCAGACUCACUUUGGAACAACAUGGAAUCGAAAGAGAGCAAUGAAUUCUCUCCUCCUAUAAUUAUCAACGAUCAACUUUUUGGGGGUUAUGAUCAGCAGCAAGAGAAUAGUGUGUAUCUAACUGGCUAGUACAUCUCCAAUUCAUUUGAUUUGUUCAGAAAAAAAGAAUAACUAAUUAGGUGUGAGAUGUAGUAUAAGGGAAGCUCUAACCUGUAUAUAGCAUAGGGCUUCUUGUUGUCUCUAUGCUGCUUUCUCUUUCGUCAUUCAGUGUCUGCACCACCUUUUAGCUUUGGCUAUCUGUUUGUGAUCUGAGUGUUCACUCUCUCUUUCUGAUAGGAUACACAUGGAGCCUGUGAAAGAACCCCACUGGGGAGGUUCAUGUAAAAUACAUGCUUGUUAAGAAAAUGUCAAUUUCUUUGAAUCUAUGAUAUAACAGUUAUCUUCUUCC